AUGCUAACCGCCAAAUAUUCAGAUGUUCCUAAUCGAUUAACAGUCGGAGAAAAAGAUCCAUCUGGUAGUGACUGGUUUGGAGAUGAUCGAGAAUCGUUGAAUGAUUUGGCAAAAUACUACAACAAUACCUAUUUGAGCGAUGUGAAUCUCAUUGUUGGCGAAGAAUCAUAUCCUGCUCAUCGCCUGAUUUUGGCAAAAAGCAGCGAAGUAUUCGAUCGGAUGUUAAGCCAAAGAUGGAAUGGCGACAAAAAAGAUUUGGAAGUUGUUGAAGAUUCAAUUUGUCAGAAAGCCUUUCCAGCUUUUCUUCGUUUCCUCUAUUGCAAUCACGUCGUUCUUCAUCACAACAAUUGUUUGCCAUUACUCAUAUUAGCCGACAAGUACAAUGUGACGACACUGAAGAAGGUUUGCAUCGAUUUUGCCCAGUCGGAAAUUCUGCCAUGCAUCGACAUCAAAGAGUUGUUCACUGUCUGGUUUUCUUACGCCACCAAAGCUUAUCAUCCGAGUUUGAUUCGUGCUUGUAUGCAAUCAAUUUCAUUCGAUUUUGAGACGCUUUUGAGCGAAGAAUGGGAGAAGAAUUGGCAGGACCUCGACCGCGACCAAAUGAUCGAGAUUCUCAAGAGUAAUCAAUUGAGAUUAACAAGUGAGUUCAAAUUGUGGGAAGGUGUUGUUAAAUGGCUGCAAGCUCCGAAUCAUCCGGAACGCCGCGGAACGACUUCAAGUCCCUUGAUGACACUCAUUCUGCCACUCAUCCGAUUCCCCUACAUGACCGCCGAUGAAUUGAACCAAGUCGAAAGAUCGCCAUUCUCCGAGACACAUCCCAAACUUUUCCAUCCGCCUAUUCUAUUGGCUUAUAAAUUUCAAGCACUUCCGUUGGCAAGUCGAAUCAAUUGCAAAGAAUUCUCAACGAAACAAUUUUUGCUUCGUCAAUAUGAAGAUACUCGCUGGGAUCGACGAAUUACCUUAUCCGAGCAGCUGCUGGCAGUUCCUGGAGUCGAUCACACGUUUACACUAUCGACGAGAUCUUCAACAUAUCCAUGUGGAGAAUGGAAAUGGACGUUGAAAUUGACCGGUUUAACAUAUUCGAAUGCCAAUAAUGCUGAUGUCUUGAGAAUAUUAUUGAUUGCCGAGGAUAUUGAUCAAUCGAGGUCUGUCGAGUAUAUGGUUCAGAUAGUUGACGACAAAAAAGUAUUGAGAUCAUUCUCCGGAAAGAAAACGUUCACAAAGACAAGGUACUCAUCUGAAUUGGAAAUGGAGAAGAAAAUCGAAUUUGGCGAUUUGCUCAACGAAGAAUCUUCUCUCCUUUGUAAUGGAGAACUCAUUGUGCAAUUGAUGCUCAGACCGAUUGAUUAA